AUAGAACAAAGUGCACCUUCCUCCCAUCGCCAUUUCAGGAACCCAUUGCUGGCAGUCUCCUCCUCCUCCUCCUCCCCCUCCCCUCCUUUCUCCUUUCGCUUUCAAUCUCUUUCUUCUGUCCCUCGCUUCCAUUUUUAAUCGCAUCCCAGGUUUUUUAGGUUACCACGAAUUGACGAGAAGCGAUGUUCUGCUGCGGAGGUGUGGAGGAGGACAAUUUUGGCGCGCCUUCGAGUCAAUACACAGCCCCACCGAGGGGAAACACAUAUGGUGGCAGCGAGAGAGGAGAGCCCAGGAGUUCCAAUGCCGUCAGAGGUGGACCUCCCCAGCAAGUGUUGCCUAUUGAAACACCAGUCAUUCCAUUGGAUGAGCUAAAUAGGUUGACGGGUAACUUCGGUACGAAAUCGUUUAUUGGUGAAGGUUCCUACGGCCGGGUUUAUUAUGCGACGUUAAAGAGCGGUCAGGCUGCUGCAAUAAAGAAACUAGAUACUAGUUCUUCACCAGAGCCUGAUACUGAUUUUGCCGCUCAGCUAUCCAUUGUUUCUAGACUUCAGCAAGAGAACUUUAUGGAGUUAAUUGGGUAUUGUUUGGAGGCAAAUAAUCGAAUAUUGAUAUAUCAGUUUGCAAAAAUGGGUUCUCUGCACGAUAUAUUACAUGGAAGAAAAGGAGUACAAGGGGCUGAGCCUGGUCCUGUUCUUACUUGGAAUCAGAGAGUCAAAAUUGCCUAUGGUGCAGCAAAAGGCCUUGAAUAUUUACAUGAGAAGGUUCAGCCUUCCAUAGUUCAUCGUGAUAUCCGGUCGAGUAACGUUCUUCUCUUCGACGACUUCCUUGCAAAGAUUGCUGAUUUCAACUUGACGAAUCAGUCUUCUGACACAGCGGCACGACUUCAUUCAACUAGGGUCUUAGGAACAUUUGGAUACCAUGCUCCAGAGUAUGCUAUGACAGGACAGAUAACUCAGAAGAGUGACGUUUAUAGUUUCGGUGUAGUUCUUCUCGAACUUUUGACAGGACGAAAGCCAGUAGAUCACACGAUGCCUAAGGGACAACAAAGUCUUGUUACUUGGGCAACACCGAGAUUAAGUGAGGACAAGGUGAAACAGUGUGUAGAUCCCAAGCUAAACAACGAUUACCCACCGAAAGCGAUAGCAAAGUUGGCAGCAGUAGCAGCACUGUGUGUUCAGUACGAAGCGGACUUCAGGCCAAAUAUGACAAUUGUGGUUAAGGCUCUACAACCACUCAUGAAUUCUACAAAACCACCAGGACCCGAGUCUCAACCACGUCCAUGAGCUUAUAUACACGUUUGGUUAACAUGCAGGCGCAGGCGCAGGCGCAGUAAUCUCUCCUGUAAUUUGUAAUCUUAAAAGCACCGUUGAAAGGAAGUUGUCAAGAUGCCCAAAUCUUGCUCAUCUAGUUAUCAUCCUUUUUUCACCCAAACAACUUAGGAAUUUGAUCUGAUUAAGAUUAAAUAGUAAUGUAUUUGUAUCAAUCUUGUUGGAUGCAAGUUUAAGCAACCAACAUGGAUCAGAGAUUAUCAACUUUAUCAUUUGCAUCACCUUCCCAUAAUAUUCUUGUGAUGAUCAAUGAUAAAACAACCAAAUUUUGUUUAUCCAAUUUCCAAA